AUGCAUUUUUGGAUUGAUAAACGUAGCCAAACUUGUGGUUUUAGUGGCAGACAUCGUGUACCGUCCUCUUUAUCAGCAGGUGGAAGUAGGCCACAAAUACGUUCGACUAAUUCUGGAGUUUGGGGUGGUGGUAGCGCUGGAUAUUUAAGGACCAGUGCCCAAGCAAAACCGAUGGUGACACCUGUACAUCGCUUUCAAUCUAUUGAAAGCGUUGCUUCAGCGACUGCAGUGGCUGGUAAUUCCCGUGUACCAAGACAUCAUCAGUCACAUAGAAAUAAUCCACAUUUGCAUGGAUAUCGCCAUAAUCAACAACAGUUAGUUAUUAAUGUUGGAUCGUCAACAUCUAAUGAUCAGCAACAGUCAAGUGCCAAUUCGCAUAACACACAUAGGAAUGUUGUCCUUCAACAUCCACAUUCGCAUACGCAAAGUCAACAUCAUCCUCCAGAAUUGGAUAAUCGUGUGUACUUGGAUGUGCCAAAUGUUAUAUCAGAUACAAUUGCAGGACCACAAUUGGCCGGACCGAUGAAAGUAAAAUGCAGUAGCAUGUGGAUAACAUUUGGAUUAAUUACAUUAUUUGCAGGAGGUGCAAGACUUUAUUUAAGCAAUCAGGACCCUGGCAUCGAGGUUCUGGUAUUUGCAAUGUUUCUGGUAAUGGCGCUAGUGGUUACAUGCUACGUGGGUGUAUGCCGUGCAGGAAAUUCUUGGGUUGUUUUUGAAGCAAUGUUAUCACCACAACAAAUACAGCAACAUGCAAAUGGAACAUCUACAAUAGCUUCAACAGAUUUAGCCGCAGGUCAACAUACUACUAGAAAUUUUAGUAAUAAUGAUGGCUUAUCAAACCAGGUUACACAAGAAGAAAUUACUUUAAAUAAUGUAUUAGGAAUUCAACAAACAAUUAAUAAUAAUCCAACAACAACACCGCCACCUCCACCACCCCCUUACCAUAUAGCAAUUUUAUUACCCCAGCAACCGGUAAUAACCGAUGUAAAUUCAUCUGAACAGCAACAAAUUGACGAAUCACCUCCACCUUCGUAUGAUAAAAUUAUUCGAUAAAGAAAGGAUUUGACUAUGAUAUAAUAAUAUAUAUUUGUAUAAUUAAACUAACUACAUAUUGUUGUUGCUAUGUUUCAUAGAUUUUGGUAGAUUUCGAAGUAAUCCUAAUCAAAAUCUACCUUCCGACUGGCACUACCAUCGGAGUUUUUGUUCGAUAUUUUUUUUUUUGAAUUAUGAAAUUACAAGAAUGUAUGA